AUGGAAGCAGGUGAACAGCGGCAACCUUUCAAGCAGCGAGGCCGAGCGACCUGCAGCCAAGGGCAGCCGAAAGCCCAAGAGCCGAGUCGAGAUGGAUCUCGGCGCCCUGGGUGCUCUUUUUCGGAAGGGCCGGGACGACGCCGACGAAGAGGACGAGACGGACGACGACGAAGACGCCUGGGAGCCUGCUUCGCAUCUCCGCCCAGGUGCUCCGGCAUCUUCGCGGGGUCGCGGUACCAAGGAGGCCAAGCCCAAGAAGGACAGCAAGGAGCCUCCGGACCUGAAGGCUCUACUUGCCCAGAGCCUGGCCAGCGGCCAGAGCAGCAACGACCUGGUUCCCCUGAUGAUGAUGACGAUGCUGCUCGACAAGGACAAGAAGGCAGCCAACGACGGCGAGAACGAGCCAGCGGCAGCUCAGAACUCCUUGGUGGUGGGUCCUCCGAAGAUUCGGAGGGCGACGACGACCUCAGAGGAAAGGGGAUGCGAGCUGUGUCCACGCUGCACCGUUUGCAUGCCCAGGUGGAGAAGCGGCCGCGCAGGAUUUGCGAGAUCUUCGAGAAGGAGGUGAUCGAGGAGUUGGGUGUUCCAGCUGGUGCGAGCUGGACACUCAAAGACUACGUGAAACGCCAGCCGUGGGGGAAGUUCAAGGGGAUUUACAGGUGCGCCAUCAUGGACGUGGCAGCCUACGAGAUGAUCAGACAAGGCAAAUCCGACCAGGCGGCGGCCCAGCUUGUUCAGAACCUCAAGGCCAAGAUCCAGAGUGUCCUGGCUCAGGGCGAUUGGCAGGCUGCCUGGCUUCUCACUGGGCUCCCCGACCCGUUGGUGAAGAAGGAGUUCGGAGGCAGCAAAGAGGAGAUGUCGAUUGUGGCCGAGUACAUGUCCUCCCUUGCAAAGCUGAAGAAGCGUGUCAAGGAGGUGCAGAACCACGGGCCGCACGAGGAGGACGAGGAGGUGACCUUAGUCGAGGUUGUUAGCGACCGUGGUCAAGCCUGUGAUUGGUGGGGCCGGGCCUUCGUAAACACGUUUGUGGCUUGGUCAAACUUUCUGGUGCUUGGCUGCCCGCGCCCGGGGAGGUCUACACUGGAGCUGCGAGUAGUUUAUCGAGCUGAUGUUCAAGAUUUUGCUCUUAAGCUGCUCGGCGAGGUGAGCCAAUUCGCUUCUUUUGAGUUGGUGGCAGGUCUUCUAGAAUGCCAGGGCAAGAGAUCGGUUCUUGAAGACAUGUUGAAGCUCAACUUUGCAAGCUAUGGUGGGGCUGAGGUUGGGGUUCCUUCGGGGGCUCUGUCUGUAUCUGCCUCUAGGGUUGCGAUUCCUGAUGCGGCGGGGCGUGUUGACCCCCUGGAGUGGUUACCUCCAGAUCAGGCGGCGGUGGUAGGAGACUUGGAGGCUAUUCGCCUCCCUGAACACCUUUGGGAAGAUGUGGUGGUAGCGUGUCAUCGUGUCCCGGAGGCUGAAGAGAGUGCUUUGGCGGAGAAGCUCCUUGAGACUGGGAUGGCCGAGCUGGUCAAGGAGGCCGAUCUCCCUCACACAUCCGAAGGGAAGCUCCUUGUGGGUGGUCUCUUUUGUGUUGGGAAAAAUGAGUGCGAGGAUCGCCUUAUCUUCGACCGGCGGCCUGAGAACAGCACGAUGCCGAGGUUGGCAUGGGAGGAGUUGCUGAGCGGGGCGUGUUUUACCAGAAUGCUUUUGGAACCGAACCAGUACCUUCGUGGCUCAGGUGAUGAUCUUCGCAACUUUUACUACAUGCUUCGGCUUCCUCAAGGCUGGGUACGUUUCAAUUCGGUGGGUCGUAGAGUGUGCUCCAAGGUGGUUCAGAAGUACGGUGGGGAUCCAAGGGUGGCGUAUAGACUCUGUUUUCGUGUGCUGGGUAUGGGGGACCGAAAUGGAUGCUCUAUCGCGCAAGCGACUCACGAAGCCAUCCUCCGCAAGUUUGGGAUCCUCAGGCCGGAGAACAGGCUUGUCUAUGGCAAGUUCGUUCCUGAGGAUGAUUUGUGGGAAGGCGUGUACCUUGACGAUUUGCUAGUGACGUUGCGUGUGACCUUGAACACCGAGAUCCCCCUAGACGGCUCCUUUCAACCCCCAGCUUGGAAGGCCACGGACCGGGACAUCGAGCACACCAAGAUCGCCGAGGAUGCUUACGAGGAGGCCGGUUUGCAGCGCGCCACGCACAAAGCUUUUCGGGGCACCACAAAAUUCAAGGCCUGGGGCGCUGAGAUAGACGGGGUCCGGGGCACGGUCGGAGCCCCACUGGAGAUGCGUCGUCAAGUCUGGUCCCUCAUUGCCAAAACGGUGCAAUCAGGCACUGCGAGCAAGGAGAUCCUGCAAAAGCUCUUGGGGUUCAUUGCCUUCAUUUUCCAGUAUAGGCGAGAGAUGUUCAGCUUGAUCUAUCACCUUUACAUGUUUGUAGAAAAGCUGAAGCCAGGCAGGAAGGUCUGGCUCCCCGCCUUUGUGUUGGACGAGCUGCGCUCAGUGGCUUUGCAUCUUCCUUUGGCUCAGUGGUGUAUGCGAAAGAGAUUGCACGAGUCACUCUUAGCGACGGAUGCAACUCCGACUUCAGGAGGGGCGGUGCGGGCCACGGUCAGCCCCUCGUUACUUCGUGAACUUUGGAGGCGUUCGGAACUUCGCGGCUCCCCUGUCAGGCUGGAUCGCGACAACAUGAACAUCGCUGGCGAGGCACCUAUAGAGAGCUCUCGUUUUGCCGCAGCUAUCUCCGAGAGCUUACCGUGGGAGGUUGUGGGCUGCUUUACUUUCCGGAAAACUUCGCACAUCAACUUACAGGAGGCUCGAGCACUUCGUCGAGAGAUUGUUAAGUUCACCGGUGAUUUUAACAACGCUGGCUCAGUGCAGGUUGCCCUCAAUGACUCUUUGGUAGUGGUUGGCUCAGUGAGUAAGGGGAGGAUUGGAUGCGACGAUUCGGGGUGGCCCUUGCUGGGCUGCUCCCUCCUGGCCUGGAGAUUGGGUCAGGUGAAUGCUUUUCGAGAUGAGGAAGUUCUGAGCACGGCCAUCGACAAGCUGAUUGCCGAGGGGGAGGUGAUUCGCGACCUCACGGGCUCCCUGAAGGUGAUCUCAGUGAUGGAUCGAGGUGGCCAUUUCGUUGUGGUCCACCCGCAGUGCAGCAAGGCUUGGCAGUUGAGAGUCAACGCUGCGGCUGCGGAGGCAACAGGUGCUGCGACCCGGGCGUUUUCCCCUGGGGGCUCAUCGGUGGCAUAUCGCACGGACCAUCGGUGCUACAUCGUGGUGUCCAAUCCGCGGGCUCCAGACUUCGUCGGCUUCUUCGAGGGCGAGGGCGCGGCGGCAUGGAAGGCCAUCGAGCGCCAACUUCCCGGUAUGGGACGCGGCUUGGCCAGGGCGUCCCAUGCCGAUGCUUCCGCUGACGAUGUGAAUGCCGCGGUGGCUCCGGCGGAUCAGUUGCUCCAGGCGGUUCAGCAAGCGGCUACAGACUUGGGCAGUGCUCCAGUAGACUCCGGGUUGACAGCGGCGGAGGUGCUGGCGGACCCACACCGCAGAGAGGUGGCUACUCGCUGGCGCGCGGGCAGUUCCCUACGGAAGUUCACCAGUGUGUUGGCCCGCAUGUCGCAGGCCUUGCAGGCGUGUUCAGGUGUGGCGGCGCCCCAAGUGGAACGAGGCCCGGGGGCUGGCAGGCCCAGGCCUCUUUUACUCGGACCCACGCAAGCUUCGGCGCCUACGGCUACAACCUUUGAGUGGCUCAGUGGUGGUUUCAGUGUGGGGCAGCUGCGACGCUACGUGCCGCAACUGCGACUAAGGACAGUCGCGGUCGCCUUGGUGGUUCUUUUGUUCCCACGCCUUUGUGCCCUGCUGCUCGCCCUCGUGGUCCGUCUUCUACUUCGAGCAGCUGCCAGUCUGGUUUCCAGUCUGUUCCAAGAGGUUUGGGUGCAAGUGAUGGGCACGGUGGCCGAGGUGGAGCACAAUCUGGUGGAGUGGUUGCAAGCUCAGAUGGGUAUCUUCCCAUCUUUUGGGCCAUCGCCCCCGCCACUGCUUCUUCAAUCAGUGGCACAACCACCGCCAGCUCAGUCGCCGGCAGCAAGUACAGGUGGCAAUCCCCACCCAACCCGCCCUUUGGCCGCUGACGUUGUCACCUGGCUUCUUCUUCUUCUCAACCUGAGGCGUCCGCUCGGAGGGGGGGGCGGGAGACCUGAAGGUUAA